UCAGCGCUUAGUGUAGUUAGGUCACACACCAACACGAUUCGUGCGUAGUUUUCAUUUAUUUUGCUCCGCUUUCCUUCGCUGUUUUCAAACCCACGAUUCGCGAAAAAAACACCCAGGAAUUGUGUCCAAACAUUGGCAAACAUUUUGUGUACCCCCGCGGGCAUAAAUCAACCGAUUUAGGCCAUUCUCUUAGCCCCAAAUAAGAGCGACGACGUCAGUGGGCGACGCGACUGGCGUCAGGUGAAAAAAAAAACGAAAGAAAAACGGAUUGGGAUUCAAAAAUCUAUAUAAAACGGGUGCAGCGAAAUUAAACGGAAUUUGCAACUGAGAAAACGCUUGAAAGCGUGGAGAGUUGCAUUUGAAAAAAGCAUGAGCACAACCGCCGCCAGUCUCAUCGAGGCGGCUCUAAAUGCCAGUAGUGGAAACGCCACGGCUACGACUGCGGGAUCGCUUGAGGCUACAGGGAAGCCCAACUACGUGGUGCAGGUAAAGAACACUCCGAUGAGCACGCCGCUGGACCCGCUGCUCCACGUGGGCGAUGGCAUCUUCCUGCAGACAAAGACCGCCCAGGUCCUAGCUGGGGUGUGCGUCUGGGCCGCCCUCUUCAUCACCUGUCAACAGAUCUACCAGCACCUGCGCUGGUACACGAAUCCGCAGGAGCAGCGCUGGAUCGUGCGCAUUCUGUUCAUUGUGCCCAUCUAUGCCACCUACUCCUGGAUCAGUCUGCUCUUCUUCAACUCGGACAACGUAUACAUCUACUUCUUUACGGUGCGCGACUGCUACGAAGCCUUUGUCAUCUACAACUUCUUGUCGCUGUGCUAUGAGUACCUGGGCGGCGAGGGCAACAUAAUGUCGGAGAUUCGCGGCAAGCCCAUCAAGACCUCGUGCCUGUAUGGCACCUGCUGUCUGAAGGGCAAGACCUACACGAUUGGCUUCCUGCGCUUCUGCAAGCAGGCCACUCUGCAGUUCUGCCUGGUCAAGCCGCUGGUGGCCUUCAUCAUCAUCUUUCUGCAGGCAUUUGGCCACUACCACGAUGGCGAUUGGAGUGCUGAUGGCGGUUACAUUUACAUCACGAUUAUCUACAACAUCUCCGUGUCGCUGGCGUUGUAUGGCCUCUAUUUGUUCUACUUCGCCACGCGUGACCUGCUGACUCCGUUCGAGCCCGUGCUGAAGUUCUGCACCAUCAAGUCGGUCAUCUUCUUGUCCUUCUGGCAGGGCGUGGGUCUGGCCAUCCUGGAGAAGGCCAAUGUUAUCUCGCCCAUUGUGGACAGUGCAGGCACUGUCACCGUGGAACCCGGUACCGUCUCCGCCGGAUACCAGAACUUCUUCAUCUGCAUCGAAAUGCUGUUCGCCGCCAUCGCGCUGCGCUAUGCAUUCCCCUAUCAGGUCUACGCACGCAGCUGCAUCAGCGAUGGCCACGGACGGUCUGUCACCAUGCAGUCCAUUUCCAGCAGUCUUAAGGAAACGAUGAAUCCCAAGGAUAUUAUGACAGAUGCUAUACACAACUUCCAUCCGCAGUACCAGCAGUACACGCAGUACAGCUCAGGUGGCAAGAACUCCCGCGGCAUUCGCGUCUCCAGCUACGAUCCCGACGAUCCCAGUUCGGGAACAGCAGCGGGAGGCAUGCAGGCGUCGCAGCCCACCAGCGGGGGAUACGAUGCGGUGGCCACUGGACCAGGAUCUGGCGGCAACGGCGGCAGCAACUGCAUGGCCUCAAAGACGCUGGGCAACCAGAGGAAGUUCCAGCCCGGAGGCCAGCGGGUGGCGACCAUCAGCCAGAACUACAACGAGAAGACCAUGCUGCUGAGCAGCGACGACGAGUACCAGUAGAGGAAUGGAGGAUCGGGAUCGAUGGCCCCACUUAUUGUUAACAAAAUUGAGUCUUUCGUUCGGAUCCGAUUCGAUUCGUUUGGUCUAUCCAGUGUGCUGAUUCUGUCGCUUGUACAAUAAUCUUAGGUAGCCUAGCCGAGCCUGGGCGGAAGAUUAAAGAUAACGUAAAGAUAUACCCUGUAAAGUGGGGUAUGUGUGGCUGGAGAAGUGUAGUCUAUGGAUAAGUUCAGUACACUUUUAUUUUUUAAUGGAUGCACCUCUGCUUUAACCGAUUGGAUGAUUUAUAUAGAGAAUUUUGAAGCCUUAUCUAUAGAUUACACGUGUGUCCAGUGGUCCACCACCCCAAUACGACCUAAUCUGCGCAAAGGUAUUUUGUAAUUUUACACCGCAUAUGUAAUUUGAUUCGCUUCGAUUCCAUUUAUCUUGUGUACAUUUGUCUGACAAUUCAAUUGUAAAGCGAACCAAAAAGAAACUGAACAGAAGAAAUCAAAACUAGCGAAAACCGAACUGCAAAUGCACUUCUUGCGUCUCACGACCGUCUACAGGCUGCUUCUACAAUAAACUGGCGGAAAAGCUGAGGAAAAUCUACACACAAAUAUAUUUAUAAGCCAAGGCUAAUUUUAAAAGAAUACAUAGCUAACCUAUAGCGAAUUCGUUAGUUGAAUGAAUGAGACCAGGUCCAGAAACCAGUUUCCAAGUCAUAGGACUAUUUCCGGCCGAA